AUGAGUGGUGCAACAACCAAGGUCGGCCACGGUGUGGCCAAAGCCUUGGGGAUCAAACUCGCCUACCGGGAUCCCCUGGGUGCCACUGCUGGUGCUGACCCUGUUACUCGCGGCGAGUCGACCUUCUCUGCUGGCACGAUCGAUACCUACGGCUAUGUCGAACCCGAGCCUACUACUGCCGAAUGGUUCAGAGAACACACUCCAUCCUGGGCUGAGUGUGGCAGAUACGUCUACAGUCUCUUCCCCUUCUUGACCUGGAUCACCAGGUACAACUGGCAAUGGUUCGUCGGUGAUUUGAUUGCUGGUGUCACUGUUGGUGCUGUCGUCAUUCCUCAAGGUAUGGCAUAUGCCAAACUUGCUGAAUUGCCUGUCGAAUAUGGUCUCUACUCAUCUUUCAUGGGUGUUUUGCUCUACUGGUUCUUUGCUACUUCUAAGGAUAUCACGAUCGGGCCCGUCGCAGUCAUGUCUACCCUCGUUGGAACUGUGGUGCUUGAAGCAGAGAAGACACAACCUGACAUUCCACGCCCUGUCAUAGCGUCGGCCAUGGCCAUUGUCUGCGGUGGAAUUGUUUGUGGACUUGGGCUGCUCCGACUCGGUUUCAUUGUGGACUUCAUCCCCCUUCCCGCCAUCUCCGCCUUCAUGACUGGUUCCGCUAUCAACAUCUGUGCUGGACAGGUCAGUACCAUGCUUGGAGAAACUGCCAAGUUUGACACCAAGGGAGCAACCUACUUGGUCAUCAUCAAUACCCUCAAGCACCUCCCUUCCUCGACCAUCGAUGCUGCCAUGGGUGUCACUGCUUUGGCCAUGUUGUACAUCAUUCGAGCGGGAUGCAACUUCGGUGCAAAGAAGUACCCCAACCGUGCCAAGAUCUUUUUCUUUGCAUCGACGCUGCGUACUGUCUUCGUGAUUCUCUUCUACACCAUGAUCAGUGCGGCAGUCAACUUGCAUCGCAAGGACGACCCCUUGUUCAAGCUCCUGGGCAAUGUUCCUCGAGGUUUCCAGCAUGCUGGUGCCCCACGGAUCGACAGCACUAUUGUCAAAACCUUUGUGUCUGAACUUCCUUCCGCUGUCAUCGUUCUUUUGAUCGAGCACAUUGCCAUCUCCAAGUCUUUCGGUCGGGUUAACAACUAUACCAUCGACCCCUCUCAGGAGCUGGUUGCCAUUGGUGUCAGUAAUCUGCUUGGUCCCUUCCUGGGUGCCUACCCUGCCACUGGAUCUUUCUCGAGAACUGCCAUUAAAUCCAAGGCUGGUGUUCGAACCCCACUUGCUGGUUGUAUCACUGCAGUCGUCGUCCUCAUUGCCAUCUAUGCCCUGACUGCCGUUUUCUUCUACAUUCCCAAGUCUUCUCUGGCCGGUGUUAUUAUCCACGCUGUCGGUGACCUUAUCACACCCCCUAACACCGUUUACCAGUUUUGGCGAGUUUCGCCCAUCGACACCCUCAUCUUCUUUAUCGGUGUUUUCGUGACUGUCUUCACCACGAUUGAGAUUGGAAUUUACUGCACUGUCUGUGUUUCUGCCGCUGUCUUGCUUUUCCGUGUUGCCAAGGCACGCGGUCAGUUCCUGGGUAAGGUCACCAUCCACUCUGUGAUUGGAGACCAUCUGCUGGACGAUGCUGGUAAAUACGGCCCCCUUAACCAGAACCCCUCGGACGACCAGGACCAGCUCCACCGAUCGAUUUUCCUUCCUAUCAACCACACCGAUGGGUCGAACCCCGAAGUCGAAGUCGAAGAACCUCACCCGGGUAUUUUCAUCUAUCGAUUCUCUGAGGGAUUCAACUACCCCAAUGCCAACCAUUACACCGACAUGCUGGUCCGAAAGAUCUUUAGCCGCACCCGCCGCACGAGCCCCUUCUCUUACACUUCGCUUGGCGACCGUCCCUGGAACAACCCUGGUCCUCGUAGGGGCAAGCCAGAGGAGGACCGGUCGGACCUGCCGCUCCUUCGGGCUAUUGUCCUCGAUUUCUCCUCCGUGAACAACGUGGAUGUGACAUCUGUUCAGAACCUCAUCGACGUCCGCAACCAACUCGACCUCUACGCAUCCCCCAAGACUGUGCAGUGGCACUUUGCCCACAUCAACAACCGAUGGACCAAACGGGCUCUUGCCUCUGCUGGCUUCGGAUUCCCUACUCCAGCCUCGGAUGAUGGAUUCCACCGCUGGAAGCCCAUCUUCAGUGUGGCCGAGAUCGAAGGCAGCGCGUCUGCCGCUGCUCACGCCGAGUUGAUCAACAACCAACAAACCCACCAAGCUGCCCUGAAGGUCGAUGACGUCGAGGGUAACCCCAAGGACAUCCAUGCCACUGCAGAAGAGACGAAUGAGAUCGAGGAACAGUCCUCGACCAGCAGCGACAUCAAAGAUGCCAAGCUGCAAAGCGAUCUUAGAGACAGCAAGGCGUACCGUCUCCGCCGUAAGGUGGCCUUGGUGCAGGGUAUCAACCGGCCAUUCUUCCACAUCGAUCUUACUAGUGCAUUGGAAAGUGCCAUUGCAAACACGACAGAACAUGCGCAUGCGCCCAAGGAUGAAACUCAUCCAUGA